CCAACACGAAGAGUCACAGUCCCGAGUCAGUCACACAGCCUUCCAGACCUCCAGCCAACGAGAAUCAACUUCCCAAUAACCUCAGUGAAAUGACGACUCUUUUAAACCCACGUCAACACCAAUAGACCGCAACCAACAAGACGAGACAAAAGUCGUCCACCAUGGCCGCCGUGAUCCCGGAUCCCACGGCAGACCUGCAUUGGGGCGAGUUCCGUGGAGCCAUCCACGACAUCUUCGCCGCCAAUGCCCAGGCUCAUCCCGAUAGACCAUGCGUCGUCGAGACCAAGGGCUACCGCGCUCCCGAGCGUGUCUUCAAUUACCAGCAGAUCAAUGAAGCUUCCAACCAUCUAGCUCAUUAUUUCAUCGCUCAUGGGUGCGAAAGAGGUGAUGUGGUCAUGAUCUAUGCCUACCGUGGCGUCGAGCUGGUGGUGGCCUACAUGGGAGCCCUCAAGGCCGGUGCAACCGUCAGCGUCCUAGACCCCCAGUACCCGCCAGACCGCCAGAAGAUUCUCCUCGAGGUCGCCGGUCCCAGGUUCCUCGUCCACAUCCUCCGCGCCACCGAGGAGAGCGGCAAGAUGUCCGACUCGGUCGCCGAGUUCAUCAAGUCGAACCUAUCCAUCAAGGCCGAGGUGCCCGCCCUCCAGCUCCUGGCCGAUGGCCGGCUGCAAGGCGGGCUUGUCCAUGUCGAUGGCCAGGAUUGUCUCCACGACUACGAGAGCCUCAGGGGCUCGCUGCCUGGCGUCGUUGUCGGCCCCGACUCCAUCCCCACCCUGAGCUUUACCAGCGGCUCCGAGGGUCGUCCCAAGGGGGUCCAGGGUCGUCAUUUCUCUCUCACCUAUUACACCCCUUGGAUGGCCGAUACGUUUGGCCUGUCCGAGCGGGACAGGUUCACCAUGCUUUCUGGGAUUGCUCACGACCCUAUUCAGCGAGACAUCUUCACUCCCCUCUUCCUCGGAGCUCAAAUCAUCGUCCCGCCCCGUGACAGCAUCGCCCAUGAGAUCCUCGCCGAAUGGAUGAAGGAGAACCGCAUCACCGUCACCCACUUGACCCCGGCCAUGGGGCAGAUCCUCGUGGGAGGUGCCACCACCCAGUUCCCGACCCUGCACCACGCCUUCUUCGUCGGCGACUUGUUGACCAAGAAGGACUGCCGAAGGCUACAGGAGCUGGCCCCCAACGCCUACAUCGUGAACAUGUACGGCACCACCGAGACGCAGAGGAGCGUGUCGUACUUCGAGGUCCCCAGCAAGCUCGCCCAGCCCAACGCCCUCGACGACCUGCCCGACGUCAUCCCCGUCGGCCAGGGCAUGCUCAACGUGCAGCUCCUCGUCGUCGACCGCGACAAUCGGAAUCGCGUGUGCGACGUCGGCGAGCAGGGCGAGCUGUUCCUCCGCGCGGCCGGUCUCGCCGAGGGUUACCUCGGAAACGACGACGUGAGCCGCAAGCUGAACGAGUCCAAGUUUCUCACCAACUGGUUCGUCGACCCGGCCCAGUGGGCCGAGCAGGAGAAGGAAAAGGAAAAGGAAAACGCCGCCUCGGCCUCGGAACCCUGGAGGCAGUUCUACAAGGGACCCCGCGAUCGCGUCUACCGGACCGGCGACCUGGGUCGCUUCCGCCCGGACGGCACUGUCGAGUGCACCGGCCGUAUCGACAACCAGGUCAAGGUGCGCGGCUUCCGCAUCGAGCUGGGCGAGAUCGACGCCCACUUGUCGCGUCAUCCCUUCAUUCGCGAGAACAUCACCAUGACCAGGAGAGACAAGGACGAGGAACCCAUCCUGGUCAGCUACAUCGUCCCCGAGGCCAAGCGCUGGUUCCAGCACCUCUCGGGAGGAGACGGAGACGCCUCGCUCGUGCCGGACACCUCGGAUGAGUCCAUGGCCGCCAUGUUGAGGAGAUUCAAGUCCUUGUCGGAGGACUGCAAGAACUUCCUCAAGACCAAGGUCCCCCACUACGCCAUUCCUACCAUGUUUAUCCCGUUGAUGCGAAUGCCGCUAAACCCCAACGGCAAAAUCGACAAGCCCGCCCUCCCCUUCCCCUCCGAGACCGACCUCGCCACCCUGCACAGACGCGCUUCUAGGUCGUCUUCGGCUCUUGCCUCUUUGACCGAGACCCAGAAGAAGCUGGCCGGCCUUUGGGCCGAGAUCCUUCCCAACCGGACCGCCCGUAUGUUCGUCCCCAAGUCCAACUUCUUCGAGGAGGGCGGCCACUCCAUCUUGGCGCAACGGAUGCUCUUCCGGGUGAGGCAGACAUGGAAGGAAAUCGACAUUCCCAUGAGCGCCAUCUUCCAAUCACAGACCCUCGAAGCCUUCGCCGCCGAGAUUGAUCGCGCCCAAGAUCCCACCGGUUUGCGGCUGGACGCCGGUAUCGCCACGGGAUACGACCCCGUCGCCCAAGACGAGGCUUACGCCGCCGAUGCCGAUGAUCUCAUGUCGCAACUCCCCGAAUUUAUUCCCGGCGUGCCGGCCGAUGCGCCCGCUCCCCAGACCGUGUUCCUGACCGGUGCCACCGGCUUCCUGGGUUCCUACAUCGUACGCGAGCUCCUCGACCGCAACCUCCGCGUCAUCGCUCACGUGCGCUCGCGAGAUGCCUCUUCCGGACUGGCGCGUAUCGAAGCGGCUACCAAGGCGUACGGUCUCUGGUCCGACGACUGGCGCUCCCGCCUGCAAGCCGUCUCGGGUGACAUCGCCAAGCCUCGGCUCGGCCUCUCUUCGUCCGACUGGGAGCUGGUCGCGAACGAGGCAGACGUCAUCAUCCACAACGGCGCCCAGGUGAACUGGAUGCUGCCUUACUCCAGCCUGCGCAACGCGAACGUCAUCAGCACCAUGGACUGCAUCGGUCUGUGCACGCAAGGGAAGCCCAAGAGGCUGGCGUUCGUCAGCUCCACGUCCACAUUGGACAGCGACCACUACGUCAAGCUCUCGCAGGAGAGCGUCGCCGCCGGUGGCAAGGGCGUGCCGGAGUCAGACGACUUGUCCGGCAGCCGCAAGGGUCUGGGAACGGGUUACGGCCAAUCGAAGUGGGCGAGUGAAGCCGUGGUCCGCGAAGCCGGCCGACGCGGCCUCGUCGGCGCGGUGGUCCGCCCCGGCUACAUCAUGGGCGACCCCACCUCGGGCAUCUCCGUGACGGACGACUACCUCGUGCGUCUAUGGAAGGGAUGUCUCCAGGUCCAAGCCCGCCCGGACAUCGCCAACACCCUCAACCAGGUCCCCGUCACGCAGGUCAGCCGCAUCGUCGUCGCCUCGGCCCUGCACCCCCCGACGGACAGGGACAGGGACAGCGACCCUCUAGGCGUCGUGCAGGUCACGAGCCACCCGCGCCUCACGCUGAACGACUGGGUCGGCGCCCUCGAGACGUACGGCUACCCCGUUCCCCGGGUCCCGUACGAGGACUGGUCGUCCAAGCUGCGCGCCUACGUCGCGGACGAGACCAAAGAGGAGCUCGCCCUGCUGCCCCUCUUCCAUCACGUCACGGGGAACCUACCGACCGACUCGAUAGCCCCCGAACUGGACGACGUGAACGCGGCCGCCGUCCUUGGUGCGUACGAAGGGGAUGCGGCGCCGGCGGAUCGCGAUCCUCUCUCCGAUAACGUCGUGGAUAUCGACGCUAUUGGCAUGUACCUGGCCUAUCUCGUCGCCAUUGGCUUCCUUCCCGCGCCUGCCGCCGGUCAGCGUGCGCUGCCUAGUUGCGGGUUGACGCCGGAAAGGGUUGAGGCGAUGGCCAACCUUGGGGGUAGGGGGAAGUAGGGGGAAGUAGACUAAGCAACGUCAAUAGACAAAAAAGAAGAAAGAAAUGGACGAGGAGAAAUACAAAAGGAAUAGAUAGGGACGGGGAAAACAAAAGUGAAUUGAAUUAAGAUGGUUUCUUGGAUAGUUCGUAAGGAGGUAUGUGAAAAAUAUAAUGCCUGCACCCUUCAAACCGAUAUCAGACAGGCCAUACACCUGGACACAGGCCCAACUCUUGACCAGAACACCCCUU